GAGGAGCCGGAGAGGGGGCUGCCUUAGCCGGGCCGGGCCGGCGGGGUUCUGCGGCCAAGGCCCCUUGCCAAGCCCUCCCCUUGCCAAACCCUCCCCUUUCCAGGCUGGCGCAGACGGAGAUGCCCGGGACAAGGAAGCCUCCUUGUCAGGGGAAAAAGAAAAGGAGGUGACAGGGGCUGAGCCCCCCGCUUCGCCCCGAGGGAGCCCAUGGCCAGGAUUAGUUUUUCAUAUUUCUGCCCGGCUUCCUGGUAUUUUACUGUGCCUACAGUGAGUCCAUUUGCACGUCAGCGGGUAGCCAUUCUGGGACUUUUCCUCAUAUCCUGUCUCCUUCUACUUAUGGUUGUAGUGGACUUUCGACACUGGGGCUCUCCCUCACCUCAAGAUAGACAGUAUGAAAGGUAUUUAGCUCGAGUAGGAGAACUGGAGGCCACAGAUACUGAAGACCUAACUCUGAAUUAUGGCCUUGUGGUAGACUGUGGCAGCAGUGGCUCCAGGAUUUUUGUUUAUUUCUGGCCACGUCAUAAUGGGAACCCACAUGAUUUGCUGGAUAUCAAACAGAUGAGAGAUCGAAAUAGCCAGCCAGUGGUUAAAAAAAUAAAACCAGGGAUUUCUGCAAUGGCAGAAACUCCAGAACAUGCCAGUGAUUACCUUCGCCCUCUGCUGAGUUUUGCUGCUGCUCAUGUGCCUGUGAAGAAACACAAGGAGACACCUCUCUAUAUCCUAUGCACAGCGGGCAUGAGACUUCUUCCGGACAGCAAGCAGUUAGCUAUACUGGCUGAUCUAGUGAAAGAUUUGCCCUUGGAGUUUGACUUCCUCUUUUCACAUUCUCAAGCUGAAGUAAUUUCUGGAAAACAAGAAGGUGUUUAUGCAUGGAUUGGGAUCAAUUUUGUUUUGGGAAGAUUUGACCAUGAAGAUGAAUCCCUGGGUCCCCAAGAAUCAGUGGCCGGACGUAGGAGGACAGUAGGGAUACUAGAUAUGGGAGGAGCCUCUCUCCAGAUUGCUUAUGAGGUUCCUACCUCUCCUACUUUCCUUCCUCCAGAGCAGGAAGCUGCCAAAGUCCUGCUAGCCGAAUUUAAUCUGGGCUGUGAUGUACAGCAUACAGAGCAUGUCUACAGGGUCUAUGUCACCACCUUUCUGGGUUUUGGGGGCAACUUUGCCCGACAGCGCUAUGAAGAUGUGGUGCUGAAUGAAACCUUUACCAAAAAUAGGUUACUGGGCCAACAGACAGGUUUGACUCCAGAAACUCCCUUCCUGGAUCCUUGCUUGCCUGUGGGCCUCGAGGAUGUGGUGGAGAGGAACAGCCAGGUCCUGCACAUCAGGGGAAGAGGAGACUGGCUCACGUGUGGGGAGAUGCUGCAGCCGCUGCUCUCCCGGGCCAACGCCAGCCAGGCCUCUUUGAAUGGCAUCUACCAGUCCCCCAUUGACUUCAACAACAGCGAGUUCUACGGCUUCUCUGAGUUCUUUUACUGUACAGAAGAUGUAUUGCGCAUCGGCGGUCGCUACCAUGGGCCGACCUUUGCCAAGGCUGCUCAGGACUACUGCAGUAUGGCCUGGCCAGUAUUGACUCAGCGGUUCAAGAAUGGCCUCUUCUCAUCACAUGCUGACCAACACCGACUUAAAUAUCAGUGUUUUAAGUCAGCCUGGAUGUACCAAGUCCUCCAUGAAGGAUUCCACUUCCCAUAUAAUUACUCAAACCUACAAACUGCCCAGUUGGUGUAUGACCGGGAGGUGCAGUGGACCCUAGGAGCCAUUUUGUAUAAAACACGUUUCCUACCACUCAGGGAUCUACGCCAGGAGGGUGUCCGGCAGGUCCACACUGGCUGGUUGCGCCUCUCCUUUGUGUACAACCACUAUCUUUUCUUUGCCUGCAUCCUGGUGGUGCUGCUGGCUAUCAUUCUGUACCUUCUGCGGCUGCGCCGAAUUCACCGUCGACAAGCUAGAGCCUCCGCCCCCUUAGACCUGCUAUGGAUUGAAGACGUGGUGCCCAUCAUCGGGGUGCAGGUGGGACCAUGAUGCUGCUCCAGGACCAAAGCAUCUCAAGAACCAGAGAACUGAAGCUCAGGCUGUCCUGGCCCCAUCUUGGGCCUGUCUCAGAGGCUGCUUCCAUGAUCUGUGAGGCUAUUAUUGUGUUGUGUUCUCACACCUUCUCAUGACCAGCUAUCCACGAGAAGCCAUAAUCUAAUCUGUGAAGUUACAUUGCUGAGACACUCUGGUCUAACACAGGGCACUCAGCCUUGCUCUGCCUAAUGCCUACAGGGUAUGCUUCUACCCCUUUAUCAGGGAGGGUUUGGUAUUGGAGGAAUGGUAUUCUUGAGCUAUACCCAGCUUUCACUCCCCUCAAUAAAGAAAGGAGUGUGGCAUUGGGCAAGAGGAUACUGGAACUUGAGGCAUCUGAUACCAAGCCUAAUAGAUGUUAGGAAGCAUGGCAAUCUUUUCUUUCUCUGUAACAGAGAAGUCUCAUAUGUGGAGAUCCACAGCUUUUAAUAAUGAUCCAAGGAUCUUUUGUGACCGUGGACCAGCAGAACUUCUAGGCAACUGAAAUCACACCAAUGAAUUCUCUUUUUACCUGGCAGUGAAGCUCUCAUGGGGUAGCCUAAGGCUCUGGCCAUGGCUUGCUGCUAACGUGACUUAAAUGGAAUAUGUCUGCUCUAAGGGCUCCAUUGAAGACUUUUGUUCCUGUAUGCUUGGCAUGGAUCAGUUUUUUCCAUAUCAAUUUGCAGAAAAAGCUAGAGCAGGGGUGGGGAACCUGUGGCCUCAAUGCCACAUGUGGCCCGGAGGUUGCAGGUUCCCCACCCCAGGACUAAAUCUAGGCAUUAUUUUUGCUUAUUGAGCCUUACAUAUGCUUAAAGGACUCUGGAAGCUGUGACAGAGCAGGGUCCUUGGGUUUUGUCUGUUUUUUUAAUUAGGAUUCCUGUUCCCCAAGCCCAUUUUUUCUGAGCCUGUAUGUCUGGGUUCUAAUUUGCCACUUCAUUUCAUUGCCAAGAUAGAUGAAUAGUGUCAGAAGGGAUGUAUAUGUUCGUGUAGAAAGGAAAAGAAAUAGCAGAAUUCUGGGAAAAAGGCAAUAAAAGUCAAGUUUUUUAAAAAGUUGUUGAUAGUUUUUGCCUUUGAGAAUUUCUGAGGCAAGCAGAGUUCCAGGUAGGAAUCAGUCUGAUCUGGCCAGUUUGAUAACUUUAAAACGCAUUUCUCCCUCAUCUCCAUCAACAUUUUGUGAGUAAAGAGAGAGAACAGGGUAGCAAUAAUUAGACUAGACUGUUAGGGCCAAAGGGACCAGCCUUUAUGGGAUGUCGUGGAACAAUUACUAUUUCAUCUACCCUCCUUAGUUAGGUGCUUUUGGUUUUUCUAUUCUUGCAACAACCUUUGAUGAUUUUUCCCCCUUAGUUUUUAUAAAACCUCUUUUUUGACUUUUGAUCAUCCCCCCAUAAGCCACUCUGACUUUUCCUUUCCAUAAUUUUGUCUUGGUCCCCUCUUCACUUAGCAUGAGUAAAGAAAAGAUCUGUAAAUUAAACAAGGUGGAAAUAUACAUACGUGCUUGGUGAGAACUGGAGAUGAAACGGUUCCAGCCAGGUCUCAAACUGAUUUUUGAGUUAUUAGGGAAGGACAAACAUCUCUGAAUUUCUUUCAGGGAAAUAUUAAAUGAAUUCAAUAUGGAGAUUCCAUAGCUGUCUUUGAAAAUGUUCCUAUACUACAUUAGGCCUAUAUGACUACUUUAUCCCAAUUUUGUCUUUUUUUUCCCCAUUUUUCUGCUUUCAUAUUUUAAAGUAAAAACAUGUUUGGUUGACAUUUAAAAACAUACAAAUAUGUUGGGGGUGGGGGUGGGGCAGUGACCUGGCACCAAUCCAGUUCCAAUUUUCUUUUCCUGCCUUGGCCUCCAAAUGUUUGGAAUGCUGACUUCAAGAAGACAACUAAACAAAAGCUUUCGAAUCAACUGCCAAUAAACCACAUUCGAUAGGGAAAGUAUUUGGGGGUGAAGGGUACAGAAGGAAGAAAGAGUUGUUAAAUACACGAAAGCACUUCCUUGUGUGUAGUUAAUACUCUUCACUGUGAUCAUUCCUUAGGUUAAGUAUAUUUUAUCAUGUUUUUUGUGUAAAUUAUCUUUCAUAUUAUUGAAUUAUUGGAAAUGGUUUUUGGAUUUUUUUGAAUAUGUGUUUUUUAAUUACAAGGUCUGGGACCAAUUAUAUUCUCAAUCUCAAGUAAGUUAUUACCCUUAAAUUGUAUGGAAACAUGGAAGGAAGAUAUCUAAAUGUUAUCUCUUAAAACUACCAAAGACACUUAGUAUUUGCUAUUGGCAUUUUAUCUUGCAUUUCAUUCCUUUGCUUCUUCUGUUCUCCCUUUGUCAGCUUCCAGAUGAUGUCUUUUUAGAAUCACAAAGAACAUCACUUCCCUGACAACAGAAGAGCUGUACUUGUUACCUUCUUAGGACUUGUUCGUAAUUGUGAUUUGCAUAGUUCAGUUUAGCUUCCGUAAUCUCAUCCCCCCACCACAAUCUUUCAGUCUUUUUGCAUUUUUUUUUCUGCUUGGGUAUCCGUAAUUGGAAUUUUUCUCCCCAUGAAGAGAAAGAUCAAAUUGAAUGUUUUUUUCCCUUGCAAAUUUUAAUAUGAUCUCUGCUGUUACUGAUUCAGGUCAAAUCCCAUUACAUUUCCUCGUAAGAAAAAUUGUAAUGACAUUUUCCUUAUCUCAGGACAACAGAUUUUUAUUUGGAAUAAUUAAAUGCAAUGUAUCCUUUUGCUCUUCAACCUUUGUCUAUAUAUUCAUUCCUUGGUGAAGCAGGAAAAAAAGGUGAAUAUUCAGUAGUUUGACAUAAUACAGGCUCAAGCAGUUAACUGUUAACCCCUCACACAUGUCCUUACUUCUACUAACUCUGCUUUUGGGCCAAGAAAAGGGUUUUUAAAGGGUCUGAAAGAUUUUAGAUUUGCUUGUUAAGUAUCCUCUGAAAGUGUUCGUCUUACUCCAACCCUGCCUUUACUCUAAUUCACUUUGAGGAUUCUUGGGAAGUAUUUCUUAAAGUGUGGCCCAUUAGAUGUUAUAAGGAUAGAGACUGGACCAGACAUUUCAUUUUUAUGGGGAAUCCCUGGAGGAAGAAACUUCCCUCUACCAGUAAACCUCAGCACUUUCUCUACAACUCAGACUAGAAUGCUGUCCAAAGAACAGAGAAGUUUAGAGAUUUGCCUGGGGUCACGCUGCCAUUAUGAACCUAGGCCCUCCUGGUGGGCCUGCUUCCCAAGGGGGGAGGUUUUGGGAAUAUAGUCAUUUACUUACAUAGUGUCAGCCUUUGCUGACAUCAUUAAUACCAAUGACCUAAUUUCAUGGGCCUUUAGUCCACAGAUCAAAACGUUUGAGAACUUAAGCAAGUGGGAGGGCUGGGGGAAGAGCCACUUUGCUGCUUUUAGAUACUAAUCCCUUAAGAUGAUAGGGAAGACAUCAUUUCUAACAGUAAUUGUUACAGGCAAUUCCAGCAGAAUAAAUAUAUUGACAUGCCCUGCUCCAAGAGUUGAUUAUAACAGUAUCAUUUGCAUAAUAUAUUCUGGUGUAUGUUUACCACCUUCCAGGAAUACCUCAAUGCCUACAAUUACCUUUGCUAUGCAUUUGACUGCUUUGCUCACAUCUGAAUAAUUUUCAUUACUAACAAAUAAGAGUAUUAGCAGUGUUUAGCUAAAACUCACAUACUGGCUUCUGCUCUUCUCAGUCAGUUUCAUGAUUCUCUAAUUGAGGUAAUAGUAGGCAUGUAUUUUUAAAAUUUGCCUGCCUUUAUACUCAGUAAUUCAUUCAGCCAACAGCAUCAUCCAAGGUGUUUCCAGGCUAGUCACAUUCCAAAUUAUCGAAGGACUAAAUGGAUAAUAAGCUCUACCUCAUUAAGCAAUUGGGCAGCUAGAUGUUACACUGGAUGGAGCACUGGGCUUGGAAUCAUGAAGACUCAUGUUCAAAUCCAGCCUUGG